GAAAACCAUUCCUGUUCGAAGCACAAUGGAAAUGUUUUGUAUCUGACGAAAUCAGCUCCGUGUCAGUUUAUCCACUCGAGACAAGUGCGCGCGCGCCUCCGCCCACUGCACGCGCAGACAGUCACCGACAGCACAGCGCAGGAUGACCGACGUUAUCCCGCUCCAGCCCGUCCGACGACCCAAAAGACACGACAGCAAACACAAACAUGGGUGUUGCCCGUGGUCGAGAUGCUGCGGCAUGGGCGAGCUGCGACCCCGCACCGUGUGGCUUGGCCACCCAGAAAAAAGAGAGCACCGGUACCCGAGAAAUGUCAUUAACAACCAGAAGUACAACUUCUUCACCUUCCUGCCUGGGGUGCUGUUCCAUCAAUUCAAGUACUUCUUCAACUUGUACUUUUUGCUUUUGGCCUGUUCUCAGUUUGUCAAUGAACUGCGUUUAGGUGCCCUGUACACCUACUGGGUUCCUUUGGGUGUUGUUUUGUUUGUUACCAUUAUGAGAGAGGCGAUUGAAGAAAUAAGAUGUUACCUUCGUGACAAAGAAGUUAAUUCACAGAUUUACAGCAAACUUUCGACUAAAGGAACAGUAAAGGUUAAAAGUAGUGGCAUUCAAGUUGGAGACCUUAUCAUUGUGGAAAAGAACCAGCGCGUUCCUGCUGACAUGAUCUUUUUAAGGACCUCUGAAAGAAAUGGCUCCUGUUUCCUGCGUACUGACCAGCUGGAUGGAGAGACAGACUGGAAACUACGCCUCCCAGUGGCCUGCACACAGAGACUUCCAGCUGCUGCUGAUCUUCUUCAGAUCAGGUCAUAUGUGUAUGCAGAAGAACCAAACAUAGAUAUCCAUAACUUUAUUGGAACGUUCACCAGGGAAGAUGGAGAUCCUCCAGUCAACGAAAGUCUGAGCAUUGAAAACACCCUGUGGGCCAGCACCGUGGUUGCUUCUGGCACUAUAGUGGGGGUUGUGAUUUACACUGGCAAGGAGCUGCGCAGUGUCAUGAACACUUCCAACCCAAAGCACAAGGUAGGCUUGUUUGACUUGGAAGUGAACUGUUUGACAAAGAUCCUGUUUGGCGCUCUGGUGGUGGUGUCGUUGGUCAUGGUGGCCCUCCAGCACUUUGCUGGUCGCUGGUAUCUCCAGAUUCUUCGCUUCUUACUGCUCUUCUCCAACAUUGUGCCCAUCAGUUUGCGUGUCAAUCUGGAUAUGGGAAAGAUGGUUUUCAGUUGGAUGAUUAAGAAAGACCCAAAGAUCCCUGGGACAGUGGUGAGAGCGAGCACCAUACCUGAGCAGCUUGGACGAAUCUCCUACCUGCUAACUGAUAAAACAGGUACUCUCACCCAAAAUGAAAUGGUGUUUAGGCGGCUCCAUCUUGGAACUGUGGCAUAUGGGAUGGACUCGAUGGAUGAAGUACAGAGCCACGUGUUCAGCGCUUAUACGCAGCCCACCCAUGAUCUUCCAGUUUCCAGAGCUCCACCAACCACUAAGGUCCGCAAAACCAUCAGCAGUAGAGUCCAUGAGGCUGUGAAGGCCAUCGCCUUGGUGCACAAUGUGACUCCCGUCUAUGAAUCCAACGGUGUAACAGAUCAGGCUGAGGCUGAACAGCAUUAUGAAGACACCUGUAGAGUCUACCAGGCUGCCAGCCCAGAUGAGGUGUCGCUGGUGCAGUGGACUGAAAGUGUUGGUCUGACACUAGUGGGAAGGGACCAGUCUUCCAUGCAGCUGCGGACCCCUACUGGCCAAAUUUUGAACUUCACCAUCCUGCAGAUAUUCCCUUUCACCUACGAGAGCAAAAGGAUGGGCAUCAUAGUGCGAGAUGAAUCGACAGGAGAGAUCACUUUUUACAUGAAGGGUGCAGAUGUGGUAAUGGCAGGAAUUGUCCAGUACAAUGACUGGCUCGAAGAGGAGUGUGGAAAUAUGGCAAGAGAAGGUCUGAGAGUGCUUGUAGUCUCAAAGACGUCCCUGACGGAGGAGCAGUAUCAAGACUUUGAGGCACGUUAUGUUCAGGCCAAACUCAGCGUCCAUGACCGCUCUCUGAAAGUGGCCACGGUGAUUGAGAGUUUGGAGAUGGAAAUGGAGCUGCUUUGUCUGACUGGAGUGGAAGACCAGCUCCAGACCGAUGUCAGGCCCACCCUGGAAAUCCUCCGAAAUGCAGGCAUUAAGGUUUGGAUGCUGACAGGAGACAAGCUUGAAACAGCCACUUGCACAGCCAAGAAUGCCCAUUUGAUCACCCGCAGCCAGGACAUCCAUGUCUUCAGACCUGUGACGACACGAGGGGAGGCCCACCUGGAGCUCAAUGCUUUCAGGAGAAAACAUGACUGUGCACUGGUGAUAUCAGGGGACUCACUUGAGGUGUGUCUGAAAUAUUACGAGUAUGAGUUCAUGGAGCUUGCGUGCCAGUGUCCUGCUGUGGUUUGCUGUCGAUGUGCGCCGACUCAGAAAGCUCAGAUAGUCCGACUGCUGCAGGAGCGCACAGGCAAACUCACCUGUGCUGUCGGGGAUGGAGGAAACGAUGUCAGCAUGAUCCAGGAAGCAGACUGUGGCGUGGGAGUAGAAGGAAAAGAAGGAAAACAGGCAUCAUUGGCUGCUGACUUCUCCGUGACUCAGUUCAAACAUUUAGGCCGUCUCCUUAUGGUCCAUGGACGGAACAGCUACAAGAGAUCUGCAGCCCUCAGCCAGUUUGUCAUCCACAGGAGCCUGUGCAUUAGCACCAUGCAGGCAGUUUUCUCUUCUGUUUUCUACUUCGCUUCAGUCCCUCUGUACCAAGGAUUCCUGGUUAUUGGCUACUCCACUGCCUACACCAUGUUUCCGGUAUUUUCCCUUGUAUUGGACAAAGAUGUGAAGUCAGAGGUUGCCAUGUUGUACCCAGAAUUAUACAAAGACCUUUUGAAGGGUCGGCCACUUUCUUUCAAGACAUUUCUGAUAUGGGUCCUAAUAAGUAUCUACCAAGGAAGCAUCAUUAUGUACGGGGCGAUGCUGCUCUUUGAGUCGGAGUUCGUCCAUAUUGUGGCCAUUUCCUUCACAUCUCUUAUUCUGACGGAGCUGCUGAUGGUGGCCCUGACCAUCCAGACGUGGCACUGGCUCAUGAUUGUGGCCGAGCUCCUCAGUUUGGCCUGUUACAUUGCUUCACUCGUCUUCUUGCACGAGUUCAUAGAUGUUUACUUCAUCACCACAGUGUCGUUCCUGUGGAAGGUGACAGUCAUCACACUGGUGAGCUGUCUGCCCCUCUACAUCCUCAAGUACCUGCGGAGACGCUUUUCCCCACCCAGCUACUCCAAACUGACCUCUUAAGGAGCAGCGAGAUGCCUCCGACCCGGUUUACCGAAGAGCAUCUUCAUCCUACACGCCCUGCACUUAGUCCAGAGGGUCCAGUGGAUGUAUCCUCUUUAAUUUAUUCUGAAAGGGUCCAUUUUUAAACGUGCAAAAGUCUUUGCUCGACGCUCAGACUCACGGAUACUGUACUGAGCAGACAAGCCGCAGUGAAUUAUGGGUCGAUUCAUUUUGAUGCCUGAUGGUUAAUUUUAUUUAAUUUGCUGUCUGAUGUACUGCACGAAUAAUGAGGUAAAGCAUUUUCUCAAGAUGUGUACAUAAUCUUGGUGGAAUAAUGGAGUGCCAUAUGGCUGUUUAGGUCUAUUUAUUAAAACAAAAAACAUUUAAAAAUCAUGGGGAUCCAGGAUUUACUUUUUUAGAUUUGGUUUGUCAUUUUGUACGAUUCAUCGUAAAUUGUAAAGCUGUUUUCUGACGUUGCUGCAGAAUUCCCACUGACGAGUUGAUGCACACUCUCCUUAAACAGUGAUUUCUAAAUGGAGUUUGAGAGUUAUGUGGUUCAAAAAAAAUUUUUUUUUACUGGCCAGACUUUGCAUUAAAAACACAAGUCUGCAAGUUGUGUGUUUGUUUAUGCGUCAGCCCGACGCUACACGGUGGAGGUGGCGCGGCUGUUUAUUUUAGCAUGACCCACUGUGUCUGCUGUUAAAUCUAUCUUUGUGACGGUAGAGUGUUUGUGGAACGCAGUCACAGCAGCCACAAAGGGCUGCUGGGUAUUUGCAGCUGAAGGAGCCGCGCGUCCGCGGAGUCCAGCCUCUGGUGUGGCCGGUGCUUCAGCAGCACACUGUGACUCACUGUAACUCACUGUAACACCGACCUCAAGCCAAACCUGAAAAUACUCCCAACAAGCGACACCCCCCCCCCCCCCACCCACCCAAAAAAAAAACCUUGGUGUUGUCUAAUCCAGAAGCUUCUCACUGCACUAACCUGCACUGUUUAUGCAUGAAGAAGAAAAUAAAAAGAGAAGCCAAAACUCUCAAGUACAAACCUUAACACAAAUGAAUAAUGUCACUGCACUUACAGGAAAAACUGGAACAGUACUGCUGUGUGUGGACUCUUCAUAUUUAAAUUAUUGGUCAUAUGGUGGAGAUUCUGUAAAGUUAGCAAGUAUUAGAUUAACACUUUCCCUGUUUUUUUUUUUUUUUUUUAAAAAGUAUCUUCAUUCUGUUAAAAUGAUUGUCAUGUGUCAGAGCAUUCAGGUGCCAUAGUUAUUGUUUUUCUAACACUUAUUUAAACUCCCAACUGGUUUGCAGAGAAUUUUUGUUUUGUACAACUGAUGGUUCUAUUUUUUAUGUUGUAAUGCAAUAAUCAAAACAUAAAUUAUUGCUAAAAUCUGUUUAUUUUCUUGUAAAUAACUUUUUUCUGUUUAUUAACCUUUUUUUGUUAACAAUUGCACUCCGAUGAGCAGAACAAAAAGGGAUUGUGUUGUCAACAUUGUGAUGAUGAUGGUGAUGAUUAAUAAAUCUGUUUUUGUUAUUG